AUGUUCCAGUCCGACACUAUGAACUCUGAUCUCGCUAAGAGGACUGAGGAACACCCCAACACAACCACGGCGAAUUUGGACACCCCAGGUCAGGAAUUUCCUGGUUCCUACCCCGGAGAACCCGAGCAAGAGCAACAACAACAGCCUCGCGGGGACGGGUCUGAAGGUCCCACGACGGUUGCCUCAGUCGUUCACGCAGCGAAGCAGUACAUCCCAGAACAAAUGGAGCGUACCGUCGAGACGGCGACCACGUAUAUUCCUCAGGGCAUCAAAAAUGCGGUUCACUAUUUGUCCCCUGACAAGGAUUCUCAGGCCAAAGGGACCCAUUCAGAGCAACACCUCUCUACUUCUCUUCCAAGUUCCGAGUUAAAAGGUGCUCAGCCUUGCGAACACGUUGGGGGUGUUGGUUCCCUGCCAGGAACUAUAUCAGAAUCAAGCGUCGCAUUACUACCUGAUGAGCGGGCAGAGAAAGGUGCCCAAACACCGGUCAAUUUGAAAAAGGACGACACUCAAAUACAAGGUGGUAACCGAGCAAAAAAUGCCACUUAUCCCGUAGGUGCUGCUGUUGCGGGGAAGCCAGAAGUAAGUACAAGUCCGUCUCUGCCUCUACACCUGUCUUCUUUCUCGAUUCAGUAUGGGUCGCAGACAGAUCCUCCGCAACUGGACACAACACCGACGACUCAGCAUCCUGCAAAGCUUUCUGACCCAAAGCUCGCAUCCUGUGAAACCACUCCGAAGCACGAAGUGCCUGAAGGGCAACGUUCACGCUAUGCUGAGGCAACUGGUAUUGGCGGAGCCGCCAUGGGAGCGGCUCAGACACGUGAUCAGCAACCAGGCGAGACAGCAGAGAGUAAGGCAGCCAAAACUGCCGUGGCAGGAGGUGCAGUGGGCCACGAUACCGAUUACCAUUCAGCGAAGCUGCAUCCUCUGCGCGCUGGCGAAGGAGCAGAUCAGGCGGAAUCUCAGUCAGGUUCUCCUGUGUCGCUAACAUCUGCGCCUUCAGCGAGCGAGACAAACAGCCCCAAGGAACGUCGGGUGAGUUUCCUGGAUAAAGUACGAGGCGAGGCAAAGAUAAUCGCCGGGAAGAUGAGUGGCAAGGAGGGUAAAGUGCAAGAGGGUAAACGAAUAAUGCAUGGCGAAGUGUAA